AUGGCGAACUCUGAAGCAUAUCCUGGAAACACAAACUUUGGUGACUAUCUGAAGGAUGAAGAAGAGGGACUCGAUCUCGAAGAGCUUGUCGAGCCAUGGCAUAGGUACGAUACAGAGGAUGACGAAUAUGUCCUCCUAUUCACCUUGGGGAAUUGCUUAACGAGAGGUACCUGGUUGAACAUAAAUCAAGUUUGGUGGUGGCUCAACUGUCUGGGUGGAAUUUGA